GAGGCGGGAGUAGGGGCCUCUUCGGCGUUGCUUGGCGACCGCGCUCUCCUCCCAGAUCGUUCCACUUCCUCGGCGGGGGCGCCGCAGGCCGGGCGGUAGCCGACAUUCCUCCCGGAGCGUCCCUCUUCCGUCUUCUCCCCCCCCCACCCGUCGGGCGGUGGCGAGUUCCCGUGACGUCACAGGAGGCGGGGCCAGCGCCGCUGCCGGGUGCUGGAGGCGCCAUUGGAGCCGGCUUGGCUUGUGAGCCCCGGUGAGCAGCCGGAGCUCGGGCCACAGUUUGUGCCGCGUCCGCUCCUGGUCCCUGCCCCCUCAGCGGAAUGGCGUGCGGGGCGACACUGAAACGGCCUAUGGAGUUCGAGGCGGCGCUGCUGAGCCCCGGUUCCCCAAAGCGGCGGCGCUGCGCCCCUCUGCCCGGCCCCACACCGGGCCUGAGGCCCCCGGACGCCGAGCCGCCGCCGUUUCCGACUCAGACCCUGUCGCCGACUCUCCAGCAGCCAGCCUCGCCCGGCAGCGAGCGGCGCCUUCCAACUCCGGAGCAAAUUUUUCAGAACAUAAAGCAAGAAUAUAGUCGUUUUCAGAAGUGGAGACAUUUAGAAGUUGUUCUCAAUCAAAGUGAAGCUUGUACUUCAGAAAGCCAACCUGUCUCUUCCACACUCACAGCACCUAGUUCUCCAGAACAAUAUGAGUCAUUUGUGAAAUUCACACAUGAUCAGAUUAUGCGGCGAUAUGGGACAAGGCCAACAAGCUAUGUAUCCUGAAGCUCUUUUGCAUAUCUGGGUACCAGGUUUGACCUCAAGAGAUGGCUGCUGUACACUUUUUGCAACUGGUUUGAUAUCACAUUUCAGCUCCAACUUUGCAUCCUGAGAACACUUCAAUGUUUCUGCAGGUCCAUUUUAUACAACUUGAAAGACCUUAAAACUUUCUGGUUGCCACAAGCAUAUCUUUCUUUUCUGCUCAUCCAAUAAACAGCUGUGCCCUACUGUGAUAGAUUUUACAAACAAAAAUACCUGGAGCAGCAGUUUAGCAAAAUAUGCCUUCAGUGGCAGUCAACAAAUGGAGUUUCCCCAAGCACAGUUCUGUAAGGAGUGUGUGUGAGAGUGUGUGUAUGUGUGUAUGUGUGCUUUAAGUUAUUAUUUGUAUUGUGCAGAUUUUUUUUUUGAUCUUGGGGAUUCUGGCUGUGAAUUUGAUGCACGACAAUUAUGGUUAAAAACAUUUGCUUGGUCUACAAAUGAGCAUUAAUGUUUUGUGACCAUAUAAGUUGUAACAGUGGAUUGUUUUAUGUGUAGGUAUUAUUGUUAAAAACAGGGACUGUUUCCAGGCACAGAAUAUGAAUCCUAAGUUAGUGUGGACAUUAGAUGUGAUUAUGAUGAUAUAGCGAAGGUCUUCGGUCCUAGAUCUACAAGUUCGUGGUGAGAAAUUAGAACAAACUGGAGACAGGCCAUGGACGCAUGGACUCUGGCUAGCCUUGUUAGAAAAAUACUUUGACUCCAAGCCUUAAAAUACCCUGUGGAGUCUGUGCUCACCUCAUUCACAAAAGAGCUCCCUGGACACUGAACCUCUACAGAGAUAAGGUCUCCCCUGGAGCAGGAGCAUCAGAGUUUACUCGGGAACAUAACAUAGGUGAGCACUGGGCUGGGCCCGGCCCUUGGCAGCACUGCUACUUGGGACAAGCCACUUCACCUUUCAGUUAUUAAAAAUAGAAUUUGGAUCCUUGUGUCAGGUUCUUCCAAACUUCUGAGGUGUCCAUAUUCAACUGCUUGAGCUUUGUUUUGGCAACCCCCUGCCUGAAGUUGCUUAUAGACUGUUCUUCACCUUGUUUCCAAGGCUAUGGAACAGAAAGUAGCCUCUGUUUUGAGGAGGUGGAAGUUAAGUAUGCAUUUAUUUUUUACUGUGACUUGUUCAGGACCACAUUUUACAAAAUGCCUUGUUUCCUUUGCUAUUGUUUCUGGAAAGGAAAGUUCUAUUAAAAUUGUUUUAGUUUGAAUAUAGAAUAGUUUUUUUAAAUUACGGCUUAUUUUGAAAAAAAAUUCUUGAGUUUUAAUUCAAAUGUAUGCCAAUACCUUCCAAAGUAAGGUAAUAUUCAGAGACAGUUGUUCUGAUCAGAUGGCUUAGAGAAAUUUCUGGGAUGUUCACAUUCAAAGAUUCCUUAUUGAUGAAUGUCUUUGACUUAAAUCUAACCAAAAACUGCAACAUUAUUCUUUGUACAUUUUCAUUAUAUAGUGUUAACAAGCUUAGUUGCAAACAAAUAAAAUACUUAAGCUAUUUGUUUA